AUGUCCAGCCCUCCGGGAGCACAGACCUGGCUCUCUGGGAACACAGGCCCAGUUCUCCGGGAGCACAAAUCCGGCUCUCUGGGAACACAGGCCCAGUUCUCCAGGAACACAGAUCCGGCCCUCGGGAAGCACACGUCCAGCCCUCCGGGAGCACAGAUCCAGCCCUCGGGGAGCACAGGCCCAGCCCUCGCGGAGCACAGGCCCAGCCCUCCGGGAGCACAGAUCCGGCUCUCGGGGAGCAUCCACCCGGCUCUCGGGGAGCACAGAUCCGGCUCUCGGGGAGCAUCCACCCGGCUCUCGGGGAGCACAGAUCCGGCUCUCUGGGAACACAGGCCCAGCUCUCCAGGGGCACAGAUCUGGCCCUCGGGGAGAACACGUCCAGCCCUCCGGCAGCACAGAUCCGGCACUCCCGCAGCACAGAUCCGGCUCUCUGGGAACACGGGCCCGGUUCUCCAGGAGCACAGAUCCGGCCCUCGGGGAGCACCUGCCCGGCUCUCAGGGAGCACAGAUCGGGCCCUUGGGGAGCACACAUCUGACCAUCAGGGAGCACAGACCCAGCUCUCCCGGAACACAGACCCGGCUUGCCGGGAUCACAAAUCCGGCUCUCGGGAAGCAUCCACCCAGCUCUCAGGGAUCACAGAGCUGGCCCUCGGGAGCACACGUCCAGCCCUCCGGGAGCACAGAUCCGGCCCUCGGGGAGCACGGAGCCGGCUCUCUGGGAACACAGGCCCGACUCUCCGGGAGCACAGAUCCGGCCCUCAGGGAGCACCCGCCCGGCUCUCAGGGAGCACAAAUCCGGCUCUCGGGAAGCAUCCGCCCGGCUCUCAGGGAUCACAGAUCCGGCCCUCGGGGAGCACAGACCCAGCCCUCCAGAAGCACAGCUCCUGCCCUCGGGGAGCACGGGGGACCCGAGCCUGGGGAAGCGCGGGCCCGGCCCUCGGGGAGCACGGACCAUCAGUCCGCGUCAGCAAGGAGGUUCGGCGUCUGCGCUGGGAAGCUUAGACAAGUGCCUUAUUCCUCUGCGCGAUCAAUCGCCGCUGUUUCUGGAGCGUCUACUGUGCGCAGAGCACUGGGCUGAGCGCUUGGGAGAGGGCAAUGGAGUUAGUAGACGCCAUCCCUGCCCUCAGAGAGCUGAGAGUCGUCUACUGUGUGCAGAGCGCUGGGCUGAACGCCGGGGAGAGGGCAAGAGGGUGAGCGGUCCGCAUCCCCGCCCUCAAAGAGCUGACCAUCAGGCCGCAUACAUGGAGCUCACUGCGGCCAGGGGAUGUGUCUGGUUGUUGUCGGAUUGUCCCCUCUCCGGCGCUUAGUCCAGUGCGAGCCCACUGUUGCCAACUUGGACUUCCCAAGCG